AUGUUGCUCGCAACUCUGAAAAACAUAAUCCUCUCUAGUUUCACAAAGGCCAAAGAGACACUCGUCGUUGCCGAAGAGAAAGCGCUCAACUCACUUCCCGAGCCAUAUAUUCCAUCCAUCGAGGAUAUAGCAGCCGUGCCCGAGAAGCUCCACGAGAAGGCAGCAAAGGCUCUCAAUGGUCCGGAUGCGAAUCCCAGCCAACGCGGAGACACGGCCAGUCCCAAGGCAGAGCAGAGCGAUAAGCCAGUUGAGAAGGGGUCAAAGCCUUCAUCGUCAGCGAGCGAGAGUAAGGAGAAUGAGCAUGGAGAAGGACCGGGCAAGAAGGGAGCGGCUGGUGGUAAGGAAACACUGAGGGAGAAGGCUAUGAAGAAGUUAGAUGGCCGUGAUGCAAAUCCGAGCCAACUGGGUGACCCGACCAGUGUGAAGGCGGAGACGGUGAAUAAGGUGCCAAGGCCUGAAGAUGAGGGUGCAAGGAAGAAACGGGAUUCGAAAAUAUAA